AUGGGUGAUUCGAAGGUGGAACUUCAGGAGCCUGCUCCAUUCCACUCGUGGGUCUGGGAAGUGCUCCUUUCUCGCUCCCUGGUCAGCACGCACUAUACUGCUCUCGCCUUCCUCCUCGCCGUGUGCAUCCCUUCAGCUCCGCGCAAAUCUAUCCUCCGUUAUGGCCUGCUGCUCCUCCAGAUUACCUGCGCUUUGCAGGCCUUUGUGGCACCUCCACCACCGACCUCCGACUCGGCUGUUCUCUACACCACGGGCGUGCUAAUGGCCAAUCUCCUAGCUCGCUACCUUGACCGACUCUACACUAAUGUUCCUGAAGAAUCGUUCCACCGCAUCUCAUCCACCAACCAGAGCGAGGAAGAUGCUACCAGGCUUCCCCUCACCCAACGCUUGCCCUGGGCAUUGGAGCUUUUCAGUGUCACCCGCGGUAUCGGUUGGGAUUGGCGCGUGUCCCGUAUUCCAGAGCUCACGGCACCAAAAUCCCGAGCUCGCUUUGUGACAGCUCGUCUCCUGACAAUAAUCGCCAUGUACGCCGGACUGUACUUGCUCGAGGUUACGUGUCAGGAGCUUCUCGCUUCGUACCCAAGCCCAGGAAUUGACGAUGGCAAUCCGAUUCAAAUCCUCAUGGGUGAUUUGUUCCUGUACGGGCUAAUAGUCCUGGGCCUUGCAUUGGUUAUUUACAGCCACUUCGCGCUCUUCGUCUUGCCACUAUCUAUUCUCUGCGUUGGUCUGCAGACUGGCCCCGUCGCAUGGCGUGAUAUGUCCGCCUGGCCUCCAGAUUACGGUAGUUUCAAUGCGAACUUCGAAACGGCGACCUGCUCGGCUGAUCAGACGGUAUUUGCUCGUGCUGAUAACAUUCGUCGUAUCGGGCUUGAUUCAUACGUGUGGAUCGUACCACGUGUCGCGCGGAAUGGGGAGGCCAUCAUCGUAUGGUGGAGAGGUGAAAUAUUUCAUCUCGCAGGCAGUGUUCAUCAUGAUCGAGGACUUCGUGUGCUGGAUGCUGGGGAUCGAUGA